ACCUAUAAACCAUACGAAAACCUUAAAAACAUACAAAUUUAUUUUUAAAAUGGCUGAAGAAUCAUUAUCAGAAAUGUCCACAGAUUUUUCCAAGUUGAAGGUCCCAGAUUUAAAAAAAGAGUUGAAGCUACGGGGUCUAAGCACAACAGGAAAUAAAAAUGAAUUGUUGGAAAGGUUACAGACAUCUGUUAAAUCAAAUGAUGCUGCCGGUUCAGAGUCUGUAGAUGAUCUUGAGGAAGAUUUGUUGAAUGACGAUGAUGAUGAACAUUUAGAUGCAAGUGAAUCAGUUAUCUUAGAAAAUGACUUGGAUGAAUCUCCAAAUCCAUUGAAAAGAAAAAUUGCAGAUCAUGUGGAUGAAACUGACACCAAAGAAGUUCCUCCUAAAAAAUUAAUACUAAAUAGACAUGAAAAUAUAACUUCUGAGAUAGUUCUGCCAUCUGAAAAAAAAGUGGAAGAAAGCAAGCCUGAUGAAGAGAAAGGCAAGGGGAAAGGAGAUAAAAAAGUGAUCAGGCUUUCUCAGCUGAGUGCCAAAGAGAGACUGGAAAUGAGAGCCAAAAAAUUUGGUGUGACUUCAUUGAAUCCAGAUGCUUUGAAAGUUGUCAGAGCAGAGAGGUUUGGAGUUGGUAAUGGUGAUAAUUCUGCUGCUAGUAUCACAUCUUCUGAUGUGACGACCAGUGUUGAUAAACUCAAACAAAGAGCAGAAAGGUUUGGUGGAUCUGUAUCGACAGUCAUGUCAAAUUUGGAGAAUAAAGAAAGAAUGGAAAAGAGAAAAGCAAGGUUCAGCGCUUCUUCCAAUGGCGCCGUUCCGGAUACUGAAAAAGCAAAACUGCGACUGGAGAGGUUCAAACAACCUGUUAAAUGAUUUUAUUCAUUGUUUGAGGUGUUUUUUUUAUACAAGAUUGUACAAAUCUUCUGAUAGAGUAUAAGUUGAUUUCAAUAGGACCAGAAAAUUCCUUUGUUAUAUAUGUAAGGAUAUAUUCAGUUGAACUUUCAUGGUAUUAUUUUAUAUAAAUGUGUAAUUUACUUAUUCUGUUUGUUUUUCAUUAUCAUUUCUUAAUAAAAUAUCAAUUUUCAA